GCGCACUAUAAAAAAGUGUUCUGUGAAGAUCGUAUAGACGCCUUUGACACUAUGAAUGAGCUCCCUAAAUCAAUAAACAUCAAAGAUGCGAUCAAUUUCAUGAGUACUGCUUGGGAAAACGUGACUAAAGAGACAAUACGUAAUUGCUGGAUGAAAACCAGCAUUCUACCAGAGGGUUUUCUUGACGAAUAUUUGAAUGACGAUUCUGAACCAGCUGUAGUUGAUGUUAUCGGAGAAAUUCAAGAUCUUAUUGAGCAAUUGCCUCUUGAUCAACCAAUGGAUGCCGAAGAGUAUAUGGUAAUUGAUGACAAUGUAAUCGCUCGUGAAAUACCAACGGACGAAGAAAUCAUUUCAAUCGUAAAGAAUUGUGAGUCAAAUGAAUCAGAUGAUGGAGAUUUGGAGACAGAGCCGUUAUCCUAUGCACAAGCCAUUACAUUUGUUGACGGCAUC